AUGAUUGACGCUGAAGAAGGCAAUGAAGAUGAAGAUGCUGCUAUACCUCCUAAAAAGAAGGCGAAAAAGAAGACUUCAGUCAAGGACACCUUUCUUGACCCUGAAGAAGAGGCUCUCGCUUCCAGUCUUCAUUUGCCUACUCAGGUAGAGCCUGAGCCUGAGCCUGAGCCCGAGCAGGAGUCCAGAGUCGAUGUGGACCUUAGUCUUUCAAGCCCUUGUGCUAGCUCUCCUUAUAGUGGUAUAGGUACCGGUGUAUCUUCUAAGUGGCAGCAUUAUGAGGCCAUUGGAUGUGGCGUUAGCCAGGAUCCCAAUGCGGAGUGGACUGAGAGUGAGCGUCAAGCUUUCCAGGCCCACUUAAACAAAUUGAACAAUAUGAUCGUCAAAGAUAUCACCACGGAAAAGGCUCAAGACAGUGCUCCUCCUCCUCAGUCUCAACGCCCAGCGACCCCUACUAAGAAGUCCAGUGGCAGGAUCCUGGAGGGAGACUUUACAUCCUGUUCUCAGACUCUCGCCAUUGCUGGGAAGACUUACAUGAGAACCCGUGUUGUCUUUGGCGAUAUCUAUCCUCCUCCAGAUGCUAUUAGUCGUUCUACUUUUAAUUGGGAAGUUGUGAAGGAGGCCGUCAAGAAUUCAAAGGAUGAAGCCUUGAAGGAGACCUUGAAGCGUGUUGCAAAGGAUGGCAAAGUUAAAAAGGAUGUCAUGGCCUUUGUUACUUAUGGUUGA